CUUCGACAGUUGUCACGUGUGAACCAUCCAAAUAUCGUCAAGUUAUAUGGAGCUUGUUUAAAUCCAGUAUGUCUCGUAAUGGAAUAUGCUGAAGGAGGUUCUCUCUAUAAUGUCCUACAUGGUGCUGAGCCUCUACCUUAUUAUACUGCUGCACAUGCAAUGAGUUGGUGUUUACAAUGUUCCCAAGGAGUAGCAUACCUUCACAGCAUGAAACCGAAAGCACUCAUUCACAGGGACCUAAAACCACCAAAUUUGCUCUUGGUGGCAGGAGGGACUGUUUUAAAAAUAUGUGAUUUUGGUACAGCUUGUGAUAUUCAGACUCACAUGACCAAUAAUAAGGGCAGUGCUGCUUGGAUGGCACCUGAAGUUUUUGAAGGUAGCAAUUACAGUGAAAAAUGUGAUGUAUUCAGCUGGGGUAUUAUUCUUUGGGAGGUAAUUACUCGCAGAAAACCUUUCGAUGAGAUUGGUGGUCCUGCUUUCCGGAUCAUGUGGGCCGUUCAUAAUG